ACGCCAUGGGCAAGAUGAAUCGCCUCUUCGUUCUGCUUCUAGCGGUGUUCAUCGCUGGAAAUGACUGUGCCUUCCCUAAUGACGACACGAACGACAUAAAGAACGAAAAGAACAUUCCAGACGAAGCAGUGUUCAGAGAGAACCGUGCCACUAAUCGAACUGCAUAUAUAAGUGCAGAGAGUAAUUACACCAUAACCUCUAAAUGGUACCCAUACUACGCUUAUCCCAACAAUGCUGAUGACGUCUGGUAUCUUCAGACUGACAAAGGUCGUAGAAUCCAGCUCACAUUCGUUACCUUUCGACUCGACUACCUGGGGAACGACUACCUGAAGGGGGGCGAUGGUGAAGACGCAUCCACAGCGCAGCUCUUUUCCCUAUCUGGGAGCGUGAUACCAACUGACAAGGUUUCAUCAGGAAACAAGAUGUGGCUGAGGUUCACUUCAGAUGACAGUGUCAGCUCUGCAGGGUUCAAAAUUGUCGCUCAAAGCGUCUCAAUGACAGGUACUUACAUCUGGUAUGACCAGAUCUAUCCUUGA